AUGUACGUACAUACUGUAUCGUCUGUUCUUCAAUAUAGCACUACCUCCUAUCCAAUUGUCUUCGUCGGCAGUGACGAAGUUGGGCGCCAAAGUACGGGCUACGAGUUUGGAGACUGCGUUGAAGGAGCUGUAUAUAAGCCCGGUCAGACAUCUGUGGGCACUUCAUUAUUACGUCCACAAAUCUCACACUCAAACACUAUGACAUCUCCUGGAAAGAUUUUCAACGUCGAGCAAGUGACCAGCAAAGACCAAGUCGCAUUCGAGACAACAGCCGCCGAGGCUCGUCUUGACGCGCCAAACCGUGUUGCGGCGCGUCAGGUGGAGGAGAACGCUCGUAAGGAAAAGGAGUCGGCGGAACAAGUAGCCUCUAUUGUCAAGACGCUGGGACCCAAAUACACCGGCGAGCCAGCAACCGCUGUUGGCCAGUUCCGUGGCGACUCUGACUCAUCUAAGACGAAGACAACGAAGAGUGCGACGGAACAGCUACAAGCAAGUGCGUCGAAGACAACGAAUGUCGCUGUUGCUGAGGGCAAACACGACGUUGAAGAAGCGAAGGUCGCGACAUCCACCUACGUGCAGCAAGCCAAAGAGUUGGCUAACUCGGCGAUAGAGACCUCCCAGGCAUACCUUCCGACCUCCAUGGGAGGUAAACCAGAGAACACACCGUCGGCUUCAAGAAGCCCAUCGAUGUUAGCAGGUGAAAUUGGUUCAGGAAUAGCGUCACAGAUUCAGACCACGGCCGCAAACGUGUAUACGGCUGCGGUCGAAACCGCCCAGCUGCAUGUCGAGAGAGCGAGGGGCCAUAUCGAGAAUGCUAAAGGCGUUGCGCAAGGGUAUAUGGCGACCGCAGGGAUGCAAGACAGACAGCUUACAGAGAAGCUUGGGACUGCUCAAGUCCCUCCGGCGUCUUCCACAGGUACUCCUGCCACAACCACGCCUCUGAAGAGUGGUCAGCAUAAUGUUGGGACACCUGACCCCGAUGUCCACAGAUAA